GAAAGGAGGGACGGGCAGUAGAAACAAAAGUGAAACCAUUUGAGCAGCGUAUUCCAUAAGUCUUGAGGUCUUUCUGAGUGUAGCCUUCAUUGAUUUGAGAUCUACCAUACCGUUCUCUCACUAAAAGGGAAAACCUGUAAUAGCAACAGGCCAUAAAAGAGACCCAGUUUGGGAAUGUUUUAAUGAAGUUCCUCUGGUGGGUAAGACAGGCAUGCAUGCAAAAUGCAAACAGCGCAACAAAGAAAUACAAGGCUUGGUUUCCUGAAUGAAAUACCAUCAUGAGAAGUGUUCCUUCUCAGGAGGAAGCUGCGUUAAAGAUGAUGAAAGGAACAUGUUAGAACAUGCAGGAUCUUCAGGAAGUGCUAAAGUUAAAGCACCUCCAAAGAUAAUUGACACAGGAGGAGGGUUCUUUUUGGAAGAGGAGGAAGAGGAGGAACACAAGGUUGAGAAAAUUGUCCAUCAGCCAGGACCUGUACUAGAAUUUGAUUACCUUAUUUGUGAGGAAUGUGGCAAACAAUUCAUGGACUCAUAUCUCAUGCAGCACUUUGAUUGGGCAACAUGCGAUAAUUGCAGAGAUGUUGAAGGUAAGCAUAAGCUUAUAACAAGGACUGAGGCAAAGCAAGACUACCUUCUUAAAGACUGUGACUUAGAUAAGAGAGAACCGGUGCUCAAAUUUAUUUUGAAGAAAAACCCUCAUAAUUCACAGUGGGGUGACAUGAAGCUUUACUUAAAAUUACAGGUAAUAAAACGUUCGCUUGAAGUUUGGGGUAGUGAAGAAGCGUUGCAAGAAGCAAGAGAAACCCGCCAAGAUAAUAGAGAGAAGAUGAAACAGAAAAAGUUUGAUAAAAAAGUUAAAGAGCUCCGUCGAGCUGUUAGGAGCAGUUUGUGGAAAAGAGGAACAGGUUCCCACCAGCAUGAGUACGGACCCGAAGAAAACAUUGAAGAAGAUAUGUACAAAAAGACAUGUACUAUAUGUGGCCAUGAAUUAACAUAUGAGAAAAUGUAAUAGCCCUUGAUUGAUUUUACAUAAAAUGCACCUUUUGUAAUGUUAAUAUUUUGUAUCAAGUAAAAUAAAAAUGAUUGAAAGUAAA